AUAGUGAUGAUCAUAUAUAUUUAUCUAUUUGUUUUUUCCAUGACAAAAAUGACACGCAAGGAGAACCGUUUGGAAACAUUGAAGUUCACUAUGGUCACAAUAAGAAUUAGUGAUAAUAAUUACGAUUAGAAGCGUGCAGUUUGUUUACACUAAUUUAAAAAUUAAAAUCCAGAUUGAUUGAUCAACUGAAAUAGUGAAGACUGAAAUGUGCGAUUGGUUCUUGAAUUCAGGAAAGCCAAAUUGAAUUUACAUUUAAACACGACCAUGGCCGAUGAAUUCAUUAAGAAAACAUUAAUCAUUUCAGUCGCUCAAAUAUGCGACAACUUGGGAUGGCAUUCUAUAUCGGAUUCUUCGAUGAGAAUAUUGAGAGACAUACUUCAUAAAUACAUUUGUGACCUGUGUACUUUGAGUAAAAAAUAUUCAGAACACGCCGAUAGAUUGGUGCCAGUUAUCAACGAUGUAGAACAAGCAUUUCGCCAAAAGUGUAUAUCUCUACCAGAUCUUCGUAGGUUCAUUAAACAAACUGGUUCCGUUAAAUUUCCACAUUCAAUACCUCCAUUAAAUAUUCCUGGGAAAAGCACACUCAAUACAAUGAAAGCCGGUAGCCGAGAAAUUGUUACUAGACCGAUUCAUUUUCAUGAACAUUUACCCACAUUAUAUCCAGAACAAAUUGAUGAAGAACAGCCUGUUCAAAAUGAGUCAGAAGAAAAAAUUGUACAAGUUGUAAAACAAGAACCAUCUGAUGAAGAAAUAAUACAUAAACGAUUAAGAGAAAUCUCUAGCGUCGUUAUGACAUCUGGAGGCUUUUUGUCUCCAUCUAGAGAAGGCAGAUUAGCAGAAUCAAAAUUAUUACCACUAAAUGAUAUUAAAAUUGAAAAAUUGGAUGUUCCAUUAGUUUCUUCUCCAUCUGAAACCGAACCUUCUCAAAAGACUUUGCCGACUAUGAAAAAAUCAAAUAAAUCCAAAAAGUUGUCUACAACACAAAAGAAACAAUCAAGUCCUAAAAUUAAAAAAGUCAGUAAAAAAUUAAGUACAAUAAAAAAGUCUAAAGAAGAUAAAACUGAAAAAACAAUUGUUCCUUUUUUAGAAGAGCCAGUAACGUCUCCGUUGGGCCACACUAAUACUUUAGGGGUUAGAGAAGAAAUUGUUUGCAGUCCCGUUUUCUCAAAAAGUCCAGAAAAAGAAGUUGAUGAGCCACCAAUGAAAAAAAUUAAAAUGAAUGAAACUUUACCUAAAUUUUCUUUUUUUGGUACACUUCCUCAAGGUCCUGGUUUAAUUCCAUCCACAUUACCUUUGAAUGUUGAAGUACCUGAAACAAUAGUUACCAACCCGCAAGAAAAAAUGGAACCUGAAGUCACAGCAACAAGUAAAAGAGAGUUAAAGAAAAAAAAGAAAGAAAAGAAAAAGAAAAAAAAAGAAAAGAAGAAAAAAAAAGACAAGUCUACUCACAAAGUUCCCAAAAUAAAACUUAAAAUUACCAAGCCAGUAGAAACAGUUAACUCAAGUUCUCUGGAUAAAAAUAUAUCAAUAGUGUCAGAACCUGAACCAGUAGAAGACAUGGAAGAAGAAUCAGACAAUUUUGUUGACGUAGAAAAUGUAAUUACAUCGAAAGUUCCUAAUUAUAAAAAUAAAAUUGAAGUUGAAACCAAAACAAUUCAACCUCAAACUUCAACUCCCGAUAAAUCCUUGCCGGCAUUCUAUUAUGACGAAGCUGGAAACCAAGUAUGGAUUUGUCCAAUGUGCACAAAGAGAGACGACGGAAGCCCAAUGAUUGGUUGUGACGGAUGUGAUGUUUGGUAUCAUUGGGUAUGUGUCGGAAUCCAGUGUCCACCAGAUUGUGCCAUUUGGUAUUGUCCAAAAUGCCUAGUUAAACGUGCACAACAGCCUACAAGAAGUAAACGUGGGAGACCACGAAAGAAUAAGCAUUAACAUUGUGUGUAUAAUUUUAAGAUGCAAGUUAGGAAUAUUUUUCACUUUUUAAUACUUUUUUUAUUUUAUUUAGCACGAAACCACUGCUAGCUAUUAUAUUAUUGCAAUUUACUUUUUUGUAUUAUAUUAUAUAUAAUAUCAUUUUUCGACCUGAGUAAGGACUCGGAUUCCCAUUAGUAUUCUUUAAAAUGAUUAAUUACAAAUUAUACUAAAACUGUACAAAAUUGAUCUCAAUAUUUAAGAACAAUUUAUAUUAUGAACAAAUUUAUAAGUAUAAAUCAUUUUAAUUGUAUUUUUUUUUUUCAAGUGUGAAAAUUAUUAUUUGUUUUCAUAAAAUUUACCAUUACAAAAACAUGAAGAAGCGACAAAGUUUAUUUGCUAUUAAUCUUAAUAGCUAGUAGCACAAAUAUUUAGUUUCAAUUAAAAUUGUAUAAUACAAUAAUUAUUGUGUAAUAGACAUUUUAUGAUUCAAAUGUUUUUUCAUGAGUACCACCUUAAUAUAAAAUUU